GAACAUUUUAUAAUAAUAAUAAAUAAUAAUUCUAUAUCCCAGAAUAGAAAUUUCAAAUCAUCAGUAGGCAAUGGAAUUAAAAUUUCUUUAUUUCUUGUAUUUUUUUAAUAUUUGUAACAACUUAAUUUUUAACAAAUUUCAAAUCAUCAAAAAAUUUGCAUUUGAAUAAAAAUUACAAUUUUCUCUGCUAGUAGGAAACAAUAUUUAGAGAGUAAAAUAACCUAAAAAUUUGACAAUAUAUUAAAAUAUAAAAUUGGACUCUGAUUCUUUUAGGUAAAUAAUUAGAUUAUUAGAAUAUUAUUUUUUUCUGCGAUAAUAUAUGUAGUUAUAUAGUAAUGUUAUUAAAAAGGCAUAUACUUAAAAUUAAAAUAUUUUUAAAAUAAAUCCAAAUUAAUAUUUUUUAUAUUAUUAUCAUUAUUAAUAUUAUUAUUAUUAUUAUUAUUAUUAUUAGUCUGAUAUAUAAUAUAAUAAUUCAUUUUGAAUUCGUUCGAUAUGUACAUUAACUAUGCAAAUUACUGAGAUGAAUAGGAAAAAAAUAAUACUUUAAAUUAUCAAAAUUUAAUUUUCAAUCAAUUAUAGUAACUUCUCAUAUGAUGAGAAUGUGAAAAUAUAUAUUUAUAAAUUCUCAAUACAAUUCAUAUCGUUUAAGAAAAAAAUGUAUCUUAUGAUUCCCCUAACGAAUUUGUAAUAUUCUAUAAAUGUAGGUCAAUGUAGAAAGUUACGAAAAACUCGUUCCAUCAAAAAACAAAUUUUUUUCGAUAUCUUGAAAAAUAAAAAAUUAUAUCAAUUCCAGCGCAUUUUCCAAUCAGAAAUUUUCAAUCAUGAUUUUUCGGCCACCUUUUAUCGUGGGGCAUAAAAAUUUCUUUCUUAAAUAAUAUAAUAAAUUUGAUAAAAAAAAAUUCAAGCUCAUGCGCACAAAUGAUGCGCAUCACCAAUAGAAAUUGUGGUUUCAUUAUUGUUGAAAUCUUAUUUUGAAGAAGUUGAGACAGUGAUAAAAAAUAAUUCUCAAGUUUCUCCUCGAUUUGUUUUAUUUCUAUUAUUUCUCCGCGAUCAAUAUAAUGUUUUGAACAAAAUUUUGAAAAAAAAUGGUGAAGAUAAUAUUAAUGAAAAGAAGAUUAUUUACAAAUUCUCUGUUUGUUCACAUAUUAAUUGCAAUAUUCGGUUUAUCAGCAUGGCUUGGAAUUAAUGCAAUUUUCGUCGAAUUACCAAUUUUAGUAACAACAACAAAAGAAUGGAAUUUACCAAUGUAUAUUGUUAUAAUGGUGCAAGUGGCAAAUAUUGGUCCAUUAUCUUACGUAAUUGCACGUAAAUUUGGUUUUAAAUUUCAUGAAUCACGUUGGAUAUUUGGUAUGUUGAUAUUUAGUGCAAUUAUCAUGUGUCUUCUUGCAUUUUUCCAUGAAAAAACAAUAAAUUUCCAUAACAAGGAAUACAAUUAUGUAUUAUUUUUAGUGACAUUUUCCACAGCUCUUAUUAAUUGUUCAAGUUCAUUGUUAUUUAUGCCCUAUUUACGUUAUUUUCGUGAAAUUUAUCUCGUCUCAUAUUUCAUUGGCGAGGGUAUAAGUGGUAUAUUACCGAGUAUUAUUGCCCUUAUUCAAGGUACAGGAAAUUCACAAUGUGACAGUACAAAUAAUUCAAAUUUAUUGUCAGAAACACGUUUUUCGUCGAAAUAUUAUUUUAUCACAAUUUUCAUUUUAUUACUCAUGUCAUUGAUGGCAUUUUUUCUUCUUGAAACUUUAAAUUUCGUUCGAAAUGAAAAAAUCUUGGAAUUAUCUACGAAUAAACAGGAAAUUCGAAGAGAAAUUGUUGAAGAUGAAAAAUUGGAUAAAAAUUUGAAUAUUCAAAAAAGAGAAGAAAUGACGGGAACAAAUGAUAAUGAUUUUUCAACAUUGCAAAGGGAAGAAAUUUUGAAAAAUGGUGAAAUUUCCCUAAGAGUGAAGGAAAUAAUUUUUGAAAAAAAGGAAGAAAAUGAAGAGACAAUUGUAAAUUUGAAUGAAAAAAAUGAAAAAAAAAAAAAAUUUUCCUUGAAAAUUUAUUUAUAUCUUUUAUUAGGCGUUAUGUGUUUAUUGGGAAAUGGAUUUUUACCCGGUAUACAAUCGUAUUCAUCGUUACCAUAUGGAAAUAAAACGUAUCAUUUGACAGCGACACUUUCUCAAUUGGCAAAUCCAAUUGCAUGUUUUCUUGUAAUGUUAUUUCCAAUAUCAUCACCGUCAUUGGAAAAAUCGAGUACUAGGUUAAUUAAUUGUCUGUCGUUGAUUGUAUUUAUCAUUUGUUGUUAUGUAAUUUAUCUUGCUUUUGAAUCUCCACGACCACCUUUACAAUCGUCUGUAAUUGGUCAAGUGUUGGUUAUAAUCUCAUGGAUUUUACUGAUAGGACUUAUCUCUUAUAUAAAACUCACUGUCACAACAAUAUUUCGACACGAGUCAGAAAGUGAGAAUCUCCUUCGUAUUGGUGUUGUCAUGCAAAUUGGAUCGGCGUGCGGUGCUCUUGUUUCAUUACUUUUAAGUAGCUUUACUCGUCUUUUAAAUUCCUAUGACUCGUGUGCCACGGAUAAAUUUUAGUUCAUUUAUUUUUUAAUUUAAAACAAAAAUUAUAAUAUUUUCCCUUUAAAGAAAAAUUAAUUUAAUUAAUUUAAUUUUCUGAAGUAUUUGAUUUAUUAUUUAUUUUUUUAAUAUACUUUUUUCAAAAAAAAUAAAAUUAUAAAACUCACACACACAUAUAUAUAUAUAUACAUUAGAAAAACUUGACAACAAUAAGAAAAAAAGAAGAUAAUGUAAUGUGUGACUAAACGAAAAGUCAUUUUUGUCUUAUCUUAAUAAUAUUCCUAAUCUUUUCUUAAUUAUUUUCAUGAAGUAUUAAAUUUUAUGUUUAAAUCCCCUGUAUAUUAACUUAACAUUAAUUAUAAUAAUAGUAAUGAAUAUGAUAAUAAUAGUAAUAAUUGUAAUUUAUAAAAUACUGUCUAUACGAUAAAAAAGAUUAACGAAUGGAUGAAAUUAUCAAAUUGUAUUUUUUAAUGACAACGCAAAAUUAAAUGUAUAAAAAUAUGAGACAAAUAGCUUAUUGACAAUUUUACAUUGUACAUAUAACUUACAUCGUACUGAAGAUAUAAAUGUAGACAUUUUUUACAAACCUUUAUAUACAUGUAAGUGUAAUUUUUUUAAAACGAUGUACUUAUAUAUUAUUUACAUUUCUAUUAAUUUUAAAAUACUUUGUACUUUUUUCUGAUGAUUGUUUAAAUUUAAUUAUUGUAUAAAUAAUUAUCAUGAUUUUUUUUCAUCAAUUAUAUAGGUAUACAUACAUACCUACUUAAUUUUAUUUUUUUAGUCAAUUAUUUAAAA